AUGGAGGAGGAGGAGCUUGCAAAGAGGUGGGAGAGACUUAACCUGUCAAGGGAGGAUAGUGAUGUCUUCCCAGUUUCUACUGAGGUAAUGAAAGAUAUGGAGGAUCGAGGAAAACUCCGUAUUAUUGGAGGGGUGAUGACAGACAAGGGGAUUAAUCAUCAAGCUUUUAGAAUAACUAUGUCACAAGUAUGGAGGCUGGAAGACUGGGUGAAGUUUAAGGAAAUGGGAGAUCACAUGUUCUUAAUUGAGUUUCAAAGUUUACCUGAUAAGGAAAGAGUUCUUGCGGGUCGACCUUGGUCUUUUGACAGAAAGUUGUUGUCUUUACAAGAAGUGGAUGAAGAUGUUCCAAUUGGUGCAAUACAAUUUAAGUUUGAACCUUUUUGGGUUCAAAUGCAUAACCUUCCUAUGUCAGUAAUGAAUGAAGAGAUGAGAGAGCAAUUUGGUUCCUUAAUUGGAAAGGUGAUAAGGGUUAUGCGGAUUUAG